AUGGCAGGGAAACCGCUGAAGAAGUCCUCUCUCCCUGGGGUGAGCAUCCGGCAGCUGGUGGAGGAGAUCCCUGAAGGAUGCAGCCUGCCGGACUUCAUGCAGAAGCCUGUCACCCUGGCUCUGCCAGAGGGAAAAAAUGCCAUCUUUCGGGCAGUGGUCUGUGGAGAGCCCAGACCCGAAGUGCACUGGGAGAGCACACGAGGAGACCUGAGCAACCCCAGCAAGUACCAGAUCUCCUCCGCCCCUGGCAGCAAGGAGCACGUGCUGCAGAUCAACAAGCUGACGGGCGAGGACUCUGACCUGUACCGCUGCACAGCAGUGAACAUGUAUGGAGAAGCCACAUGCUCAGCGAGGCUCACUGUCAUUGAAGUUGGCUUUCGGAAGAACCGGAAGAGACAAAAGGAACCCCAGGAAGACCUCAGGAAGGAGCUGAUGGACUUCAGAAAGAUGCUGAAAAAGAGGACCCCGCCUCCAGUCCCCAAGAAGAAGUUGGAGCCUGAGCAGGUGUGGCAGCUGCUAAUGACGGCAGAUCGGAAGGACUAUGAGAAGAUCUGCUUGAAGUACGGCAUUGUGGACUUCCGAGGCAUGCUGCGCAAGUUACAGGAGAUGAAGAAGGAGCAAGAGGACCGGAUGGCCCAGUAUGUCAAUGCUGUCUCCAACUUGAGACACAUCAGGGUCACCAAGGAAGGGGUUGCCACAUUUGACCUGGAGCUGGACCUCAAGGACUUCGGGAGCAAGAUUUACCUGUACAAGGAUCAUGAAAUGAUCCCCUACGGCUUUGACAACCAGACCAGGCACUGUUUGCGGCGCCUGGGGAAACGCUACAACUUCCAGAUCCAUGACCUGCAGCCCGAGGAUGCUGGCCUUUACCAGGUCAUGGUGGAAGAUACCAUAGUCUUCUCCACAGAGCUGGAAGCCAGUGCCAUUCCACCCAGAGUGGUGGUCCCUUUGGCCGAGGCCCACUGUGAGGAGCAGGGGGAUGCAGUCUUUGAAUGCACUCUCUCCAGUCCAUGCCCCAAUGCAGCCUGGACCUUCCAGCGCCGACCACUCCGGCUCAGUGACAAGUAUGAAGCGUUCGUGUCCCCUGACGGGCUGACUCACCGGCUGCUUGUGAAGGGGGCCCGUUUCUCAGACAUGGGCCUCUAUUCACUUGACACUGGACUCCAUGCCUCCAGUGCCUGGCUGAUAGUUGAAGCUGGGAAAGAUAAACACGCUGAAAGCACAGAUGCUGACCUCCAAACGCAGGCAAGGAGAAGUACCAAAGUAGGCAGGUCAGACAUCUGCGGCCAGAAGCAAGGUGCCACGCAGAGCCCCAGAUCCAGAUACAAGCCUGGCACUGGCAGUUCCUCCAAGGAGGCCCGAGGCCCUGUGGACCACUUUUCUCAGGGUCUGGCGGACACAGAGGCGAAACUGGGAGAGGCUGCCACCUUCUCCUGUACCCUCACCAGUGACCUGGGACCUGGCACGUGGUUUAAGGAUGGAGUCAAGCUCACUGCCCAGGAUGGGGCCAUCUUUGAGCAAAAUGGACUCGCGCAUAGACUGGUCAUCACCCAUGUGGAGGGGACCCACGCCGGGAAGUACACCUUCACAGCUGGCAACCUGCGCAGCGAGGCCAGCCUGACUGUGCACGAUCCCCCCAUCAUUGCUCCAGAUGUGACAGAGAAACUGAGAAAGCCACUGGUGGUUAAAGCUGGAAAGCCAGUGACCCUGAAGAUCCCCUUCCAGAGCCGCCUCCCUGUUCAGGCUGCCUGGAUGAAGGACGGGGAUGUAGUGGCCGGCAGCAGCCACAAGGGGGCCCAGGUGGACCUGGGAGAUGGCUACACGCGGCUGUGCCUUCCCAGCGUAGACAGGAAGGACAGUGGCCAGUACAGCGUGAUGCUCAGAAGCGAGGGAGGCCGCGUGCAGGCUGAGAUCACCGUGCAAGUCAUAGACAAGCCACAGCCUCCACAGGGACCCCUGGAGGUGCAAGAUUGCCACAGGGCCGGUGUUUGCCUCCAUUGGCGACCCCCGAAAGAUGACGGGGGCCGGCCCGUGGAACACUAUGUGGUGGAGAGGCGACAGGCUGGCAGGAGCACUUGGCUGAAGGUGGGAGAGCCACCGCCAGACAGCGCCACCUUCACCGAUGCUGGCGUGGAGCUGGGCAGGAAGUAUGCCUUCCGUGUGCGAGCUGUGACCUCAGAGGGGGCUGGGGAUGCCCUGGAGUCUGAGGAGGUGCUGGUGGCUCCUGAGGCUCUCCCAGGGCCCCCUUCUACUCCAACCAUCCUGUCAGCCUCCAGCCAGAGCAUCACCCUAACAUGGGGGGCACCACGGGGCCCUGGCAGUGCCCAUAUCCUAGGCUACAUGGUUGAGAAGCGCAAGAGGGGAAGCAAUGCCUGGACAGCAGUGAACGAGCAGCCUGUGCCUGAAAGGAAGUACACUGUGACGGAUGUGCGACAGGGCUGUCAGUAUGAGUUCCGAGUCGUGGCUGUGGCUCCCUCAGGCCCUGGAGAACCUGGGCCCCCGUCAGAUGCCAUAUUUGCUCGAGACCCCAUGAGAUCCCCAGGACCAGUGCGAGGCCUCCGGGUCACAGACACAUCGCACACCAGCAUCACCGUGAGCUGGAUGGGGCCAGAUACCCAGGACGGCGAUGAAGCCCAGGGAUAUGUGGUGGACCUACGCCACUCAGACAGCCUCCAGUGGAGCCCGUGCCAUGUGGGCACUGUGCCAGGCACCACCUUCACAGCCAAAGGGCUUCGGCCCCAGGAAGGCUACUUUGUGCGAGUAACAGCAGUGAAUGAUGGGGGCUGUGGCCAGCCCACUGCCCUGGACUCAUUGAUUCACACCAUGCCUGUUACUGUCUCUCCCAGGUUCCUCAUGGACUCCAGAACAAAUGAUGCACUGAUGGUCAGAGUUGGGGACACCAUCCGUGUGCCUGUUUCCUUUGAAGCUAACCCUAUGCCUGAGGUGACCUGGCUGAAGGAUGGCUUGCCCUUGCCUAGAAGAAGUGUGACCACUACGAAGGAUGGCCUCACUCAGCUUCUGAUUCCUGCCGCCAGCCUCUCGGACCGUGGCCGCUACACCGUGGUGCUGAGGGGUCUGCGGGGGGAGGAGGCUGCCUAUAGCUUCACCAUUACUGUAGCAGCGUGCCCACAGGCGCCCGGGCCCAUCUGCCUGCAGGAGAAUGUGCCGGGGACAGUGACGGUCCAGUGGGAGCCCUCUCCAGAUGAGGCCCAGGGCACCCCUCUGCAUUACACGGUGCUGAUGCGCUCCUCCUCCCAUGGCACCUGGCACGAGGUGGCCAACCGUGUCCAUACCAACCGCUUCACACUCCUGGGUGUCCUCCCUGGCCAGGAGUACCACUUCAGGGUGGUGGCCAAGAACGAACUGGGAAGCAGCAAUCCCUCAGAUACAAGCCAGCCCUGGUGCAUCCCCCGGCGGCGAGGCAAGUUCACAGUGAAGUCUCCAACCUACCGGGAGCCCGACCUGAGCCAGAAACCCCGGUUCCUGGUGGGCCUGAGGGCUCACCUCCUGCCUGAGGGCUGUGAGUGCCGCAUGACCUGUGCCGUGCAGGGCUCACCCCAGCCCCGAGUCACCUGGUUCAAGAACGACCAGAGCCUGGAAGGAGACCCCGCGAUGUACAGCACUGACAUGCUGGGCGUCUGCUCCCUGAUCAUCCCCAGCGUGUCCCCUAAGGACAGUGGAGAGUACAAGGCAGUGGCCGAGAACCGAUUGGGCCAGGCUGUCAGCACGGCCACUCUCAUUGUCACAGAACCCAGCUCCUAAACCCGCCUUACCUGGAAUGAUCCUGCCCCACCCCAAAGUCACUGGAUGGAUGACAGAUCUCUGAAGCUUUGCUCCUGACACCUAUGCAGGCCUGGGGAG